GCGCACUCACCACCCUGAACACAGCCCGAACCGAGGCAUCGGCAUACGCCACCGAAUGCCAGGCCUUGCUCUCUGCAGGCAUUUUGAGCCUCCUUGUCUGCAACGGCCUAACACUGCACUAUCUGUCCGACUGUCAGUCCGCUCUCGCCGCCAUUGAUGGCUCAGCGCAAUAUGCGGCAGACGGUACCGCGUCGGCAGCCAGCAAUACACACCUUCUGCGCCGUGAACUCAAUCCCCAAUGCAGUACAUACGGAUACGUACCAGGCCAUGCUGGUGUGCUUCCCAACGAAGUUGUGGACACGCUUUCCAAGAUUGGUGCUGCCGGCAAGGAAGUCUCAUGUGGCUUAAUUGCCAGCCACAACCUAACGCUGCGUUGGUUUGCCAACGGUGCUUCCCUUCUACCGUGGGUUGCUGUUGCCUUGCGUAGCCUUUUCGGCGAUGUCAGCCUUCCGAGUGUGGGGGCAUCUGAUCUCGGGCACAAUCGAUGCCACGGAGGUUUGAGUGAGCUAGACCUCCUUGCCCCCUUUGUGCCUGCAAGAGCAGCCAAGCAAACGGCCGACAGCCGUACGACCGUCUCUGUCUCCGCCGAUUUACACUUGCGAGUCGCCACCUUCAAUACGUUGUCCCUUUUGGGCGACCCCGCAGAGCGCGAACCGGCAGGGCUCACAGGCGGGCCCGCAAGAGCCGCCAUCCUAGCAGCUGCGUUGGCGGAAAACGACAUCCACAUCGCAUGCCUGCAAGAAACCCGCUCCGAUCGUGGGCAAUCGAGAGUGGGAGACUAUGUUCGCUAUGCUGCAGGAGCGGUCAAGGGCCAAUGGGGUACGGAGGUGUGGAUCAAGCAGGGGCUCUCCCUGCUCAGAUCAAGCUGCCGUGAUGACGGAGCUCAUUUUGAGGUAUGUCAAGCCACGGUGUUGACCGCCGACCCCAGGCGCAUCUUUGUCAGACUGCAUUCCAAGUCCCUCGCCAUACUAGUGGUUUCCCUGCAUGGACCACACCGUGCCUUUGAAUCCGGCACUAUCAGACAGUGGUGGGAGGAGACCUCCAAGCUCCUCAAACAAUACUGCAGGGCAGACUACCUUGUGAUAGGAGGCGACUUCAAUGCCGCUGUAGGCUCCGAGGCCUCGGAAGCGAUCGGGUCACACGCGGCCGAGCUCGAGGACGAGGCAGGAAGCCAGGUCCGACUGCUCACGGCCCUUUUUGGGCUUUGGGCCCCCGCUACUUUCGAUGGGCAUCACCACGGGCCGACGCACACAUACCACCAGAAGAAGAGUGGUCGCCUUUGUCGCCCGGACCUGAUUCUGGUCCCUACUGCAUGGGCCAAGGGCUGUGUCAGCUCCCGUACCAGCCCAGACAUCCACGCUGCGCACGUCUGUCAGGAUCAUGUUGCUGCGGUGGUGGACCUUCGCCUUGCUUUGACGGCCAACAGCCAGGUCCGCCGCACACGCCGCAUUAAAGCUCGUGAUGUUGUCGACGAGGCCAACCGAGGUAAGGAAGGCCUUAGCCAGCUCACCGCGGACCAGCCGCGGCGCCCCCGGCACCCAUACCUCACUGAAGGGACCUGGUAUUGCUCUGAUACAUUUGAGACUCUCUACAUGUCCAACGCCUGGGUUUGGCAAAUGGAGAUUGUGUCUGCAAUCCAGGUAGCCCAGCUACGUACCCUGGGCCUUGCGUUGCGGGCGGGCUGUAAGAGAGAUCGCGACGCCUACGUGGAGCAACUGGCACUGCAGUUCUCUGAAGGCCCCAGCCAGCAGGUAUACCAAAACUACCAUAAGCUGCUGGUGCACAAGCGCAGGAAGCCCUUUCAAUUGGAGCCAUUGCCGAUGCUCAACAAGGCGGACGGGACGCAGUGCCUGAGCGCAGCCGAAACGAACCAGCGUUGGCGUGAGCAUUUCGGGUCCCUUGAAGGAGGCCAAGAUAUUAGUUACCAGGCUCUCGCUGCAGCGGCAAAUGAGGCGGCAGUUCCCCUCGAGGAACAAAGGCUCCGGGGCUGGAUUCCAUACCGGCCGAACUUUGCAGGCACUUCGCCGUUGAUCUGGUGUGUGACGGCCGUUGCUAUGCACAAAGGGGCAACGAGCUUUGUCCUGUUUGCAGACAUUGCCUCCGCUUUCUACUGCACGGUCACGCAAUUAGUGGCCAACAAGGGUGGAGCUAUAGAUGAGGACUUGCUUCAGCGCAUCACGGAUCAACUCCACAUCGCGCAGGAAGACGUGGCAUCGCUCAGACAGCACCUCGCACAGCCAUCGGCGAUGUCAGCGGCGCGUGCUGAGCCGUGGCUCGAGGCCAUAACGGACUGCCUUUCCACGGGCAAUUGGUUCGUGCUACGGGGAGAUUCAACCCCCAUUGCUACAGCGCGAGGCUCCCGCCCGGGGUCAUCCUUUGCGGACAUCGUGUUUGCUCUCCUUUUGCCUAAGGUACUGCAGGCACGCGAUGCGUUGCGAGCUACUUCCCAGCCGGCUGCAGUAGCUCCCCACAUGCCAUGGGAUGGCAACCGGUCGCUUGGGCCUUGUGCCCCAGAGGCUCCGGACAUUACGAUAGAUGAAAUCAUGUGGGCCGAUGACAUUGCUAUCCCGAGAUGGUGCAUGCGCAACCACGCCACACGUACCGCCAUCGCGGUCGAGGCCGGUGCGUUGGCGGAUGCUUGUGCCGAACAUGGUCUGCGCUUGUCCUACGGAGCAACUAAGACUGCGGCGCUAGCUUCAGUCUGUGGUCAAGGUUCACGCGCCAUCCGCAAGGCGCUCUACGGGAGUGCAGGUUUCAAGGGCACGCUCGAGGUGGUGCGCGAGCAUGCCGCGCCAGUCACCUUGCCUCUCGUAGGACACUAUAAGCACCUAGGAGCAGUGCAGGCCCCCGGUGGUGCCAUUAGGUCUGAGCUGCGCCACCGAAUCGCCUCAGCCAAGACAGCGUACCACGAGGCACGGCGUAAAAUCUUUAAGAAUCGUGGGAUCAAGAUCCACCGUAAAGCAAUGGUGCUCGAGGCUACGGUACUAAGUCGCCUCACACAGGGCGCCGGCUCCUGGCCCAGCCUAUGCAAAGCUGAUCAAGCAGCCUUUGACGCCACCAUCUGGCACUUCUAUAGAGGGAUCCUUUGCAUUCCCAGGGCAGGUCCGCAAGAUAUUCCUGCGCUAACCUGCUGUGCCUUGGUGCGCCUGCCCCCACCCGACGUUAUACUACGACGGGCACGGCUGCAGUAUCUUAGGCAACUAGUCGCGGCUGGGCCCCCCCAGCUCUGGGCGUGUGUUAAGGACGAUAGGCCGUACUGCGACCUGCUCGCCAAUGACCUGAGGUGGGUGUACGGAUGGACUCACCUGAUGCCGGCCGUGGAGGAUCCGGACUCCUCCUGGGAAAGCUGGCGCACCCUUAUGUCCCAACGCCCAGGCGUCUACAAGAAUAUCGUCCGAACUGCUUGUAAGCUCGAGGGCGCGCGAAUCGCGAUUGUUGCCGCCUUGGACGGGUUGCAUAGGGGCCUCCACGGCCUAGCGCCCUCGCCUGCCCACAUCCCUGCCCCAUCCCAGCAAGGCUAUACCGAGCUCUGCGUGCCCU